AUGCUUGUUUCACCCGGUCAUGCCGAGAUGAAUUCAAUGGAUGAUGAGGUGCCGGAGCUGCCGGCCUUUCUGGCAUCCCUGGGUGGAGGUGACCUCCUGGACGCUGCUGCGCAGGCUGCCCUGAAAGGCGCACCCCCGGGGGUGCCGCCGGCUCUUUGGGCCUCGAUGUGCAAAAAGCGUCUGGAGGACAUCCACGAAAGUUAUCGUCUGUCGCAAGCAGAGAAGGAGCAGCAUCUCCAGAAGAGGAUCUUCGAGGUGCCCGGCCGGGGCAAGAGGCUGCUCACUUUGCAGGAGGAUCCCACAGGCCGCUUUGCAGGGUCCUGCGGAUCCGGGGCAGUGCUGUGGCCAGCAGCCAAGGCCCUGAUCGAACAUUUGGACGGAGAGGUGGCGAAGAGCUGCCUGAACUGCCGCGCCGUGGAGCUGGGCGCCGGCGUGGGCGCCGUGGGCCUCUUCCUGGCGCUCUUCAAGGGCUGCGAGGUGCUGCUCACCGAGUCUCCCGAGCAGCUGCCGUUGCUGAUGCGCAACGUAGCGGAGAACUCCCCCGAGGGCCUGGACUUGCAGGUGGCGCCUCUGAAGUGGGGGGACGAGGAAGCCUUGGAGCACAUCGCGGCCCUAGGCAAGUUCGACUUGGUGGUGGGGAGUGACGUGACCUACCGCCCCGACUGCCUCGGCAACUUGGACAGAGCGUCCUGA